AUGAGCUCGAAACACCAUCGAUUGGACCUCAGUCGUUUCAAGCGCUACCACAAUACUUCCGACUCUUCGAGCAAUUUGGACCCCAUAAUCCCGGUCCUCGAGUCUCCUGUAAUGUUUCACGCAAUGAUGCCUGGGACCGUAUCAGAAGUAACUCUAAAGCAGAAGUCCAGCUUGGAGAGAAACCCUAUGAUCCCGUCGGUGUUCAUCGAUGAGGCAGAAGAGGAGGAGAGCACGGUUCCAGAAAUGAAAUCCCGCCCAUCUACAGAAACAAAGCCCCCUCGCCUGGUGAAUAAAAGCCUCGAGGAGGAGCCGGCUUCUCGAGUGAAGACUCGAUAUUUCGAGGAUGCAUUCAGCGCUCGUGGGCCGUUGGUGUCGCCGAGAACCCGGAUCAAUCAAGAGUCGAUCGUUGUAGUGGAUAUUAAGUACAAUACCAGGAUCAAGGAUAACGAAACUCUCGUCUCACAAAUCACGUCUCGCCUCGCCCAGGUCUACCAGAAACCCACCCCUUUCAUGAUGGUCACACUCCAGCAGGAUGCAUGUAUCCAAUUUGGCGUCUUGGGGUCGCCGGCUUAUUUGAUGAAGAUAUAUGCGCUGCCAUACCUUAUAGCCCCAAUUACAAACCUUCGCAGCACCAUCCUGAUUCAGUCGGCCCUUCAAGAUUUGCUUCAAGUCCCCCCAAACCGCGGUGUGGUUCUGUACAUCCCUGUUCAUGAGGAGAACUUUGCAAACAACGGGGUGACUGUUAUGGGUGAAAUUGCGCGGCUGGAGCGCUAUGAUCAGGAGACAGGGAUUCUCAAAAACAUCUCGCGAUCGAUGACUCGAAGACUGAAAUCUAGCAGUGUGACGAGUUCUUCCUCGUGGGGAUACGGACAUAGAUCUCGAGAAUCAACUGCUGCGUCUACACCAGGGCACGAGCACCAAGACAGCGAGCUUUCUGCUGGCAGAGAAGACGGAAGGUCCUGGUCUGUCAAAAAGGCACACGAUCUGGGACGCCUGCUUUCGCGCAGACGAUCGGUUCCUGGAUCUUCGGACAAUGUUUAGUGACGCAUUUCUCUCCUUAUCUUCUUUGAUGUCCUGGAUGGAAACUUGCUGCACUUUAUUUUU